AUGUCAUCGCACUGGGGAAGCAUUCCACGCGAGAAGAUGCAAGAAGCGACCAGGCGCGAAAGAGAACUCAAAAUAAAAUUCGGGAACGAGCGACUAGAAGAUUGCGUCCGUUACAUACCCUUCGACCCAGCAGACCACCAAACCGCCUGGAAAGCUCUUCGUACCAUUCUCUGCCAGUAUGACCGCGACUUGUCGGGGAACGAUGCCGCGCUGAUCCUUGGGCCGCAGCCCAAUGAUAGCAUUAUCCUAGUUACUGGGCUAUCGGGGGCAGGAAAGAGUUCACUUAUCAACCACAUAUUGGGCCCGAAUUCUAAACAGAAGGUGAAAGUCGGGAACCAGCUGGAGGGGUGCACCCAGGAUGUACAUGCAAUCUGCACCGACAUGCCAGUGCAGCUUUCCCACCUGCUGGGGGAAGGAGACAGUGGCCGGCUGGUUCUGGUAGACACACCCGCCUUUGACGGCGCUUAUGAAGGGGAGAUGAUAACUUUGACUCGAGUCGCCAACUGGCUUGCGCGAUCCGCCCCGAUGACGGUUAGAGGCGUUAUUUAUGUUCAUGACAUGAGCGAAUCACGGAUCACAGGCUCUAUGAGAAGGUAUCUCUGGACAUUGGAGAAGCUUUGUGGGGAGGAAAUGUUCGGGAAAUUGGUGAUUGUUACCUCGAAGUGGGACAGUGUGAGGCCAAGAGAGAGCCAGGGUCACCUUUCCCCCUCUCAGGUGGGAGAGGAGAGAGUGGAGGUUUUCAAAAUGAGGGCUUGGAACGAACUAAUCAACGGAGGGGCCAUCGUACGCAACUUCCAUCCGGCAAACCAGGCUCAGGCAUUGGAGAUUGUCAAGCUCGUCCUCACGAACAGAUCUGGGGUUGAAGACGUUCCCCUUGCCGUCCAGAGGGAAAUCAUUGUGGAGGGAAGAGAGCUGCGCCAAACCAGUGCUGCAAAGGGCCUGUUGCAAGGGAUUCACAACAAUUUGGACGCAGAUGUGUCGUCCAAAGUCUGGUUCGACAAAAAAAUCAAGCAAUUCUGGCGUGUCUGA